AUGUCGAUUGCGUUUGGUUUCGACCCGAAUGUGUCGCCAAUUUAUGAAGACGAUGAAGAUAGAACUCCAGACACACUACAUUCAGUGCAUUUCAGCUCGGCAGACACCCCUAAAGCGGUAGUUUUUCAAUUUUUCGCUAAGAAUGCUAAAACAUUUCGGAUUUUGCAGCGCGGAAUGGUGUCAAAUCGAACAAUGGGCACAACACACAUUUACGAGGAUUCUUCGGAACAAUUUCACGAAUUUCAUCGAGAGUGCGCUCCCGAAAAGCAUAAUGAGGAAGAUUCCGAUGAAAUUGUACUCGAUUCCACUGAUAAAGGCGCUGCGAUUGGUGAGAAAUUGGAAACCAUGCGAAAAAAAUAAGCGAAGAAUUUUAAACUCAAUUUUUGGGUCAGAUUGUCAGACAAAUUACCAAUGACACAAAUCUACAAUACCUAACGAAAACUGGUAAAUUUUCGACAUUUUUCCAGAAUUCUCCGAAGAAGUGGUGCCGGAAUCGCGUGCCGCCACCCCGAUAUCCGACGAAAUCGUGCCCGACUCGACGGCGUUCCUCGCGCACACAGUUAUUGUCGUUUCCGCCGGCUGCUGUCUUCCCGUCCGUCAUUAUUUGUCCAAGUGUCUUCAGGAAAUGGGCGCGGAGCUUCGGAAAUCAGUCGAUGAGCGCACCACUCAUCUGAUUGUCGAUCGAUAUGCGGAAGAGGAGAUUGUGGGCGUGGCCAUGGCCAGACGGCCCGUUCCGCCGCUCAUUUUGGACGUGAAAUGGAUUCAGGAGUGCCUAGGUUCGGCAGAUUUCGAUUAUCUAAUUUGUUUUUGCUUUUUUAUUAUAGGGGCACCGCACAGAAAUGGCGCUCUGUUGAGAAACUCUUUUUGCAGUGCAAAUUGAGCGACCUCGGGGCCGAAUUUGAAAAGUUAGGCCACGUUUUCAGUGGAAAAUUACUUCGCGGCCUAGAAAUUCUGCCAGAUUGCGAACAGCGCGCCCUUUCUAUUCGGUGCCCCUAUAAUAAUGGUUUCCGUCUUUUUUAGUACUUUUGGGAGUUCAGAAAAUGUUUGUCUACUUUCAAAAAACCGGCGUCUUGAAGUCGUUGAUCGCGCACUUUUGUCGUCCGUUUUUGACAAAAUCAAUCGAUUUUCUGCGUUUCUAAAUGAUAUUUCGUUGCAUCGAGCGAAGUGCAAAAACCGCGCGACAUUACACGAAAAAGAAUUGUUGAAAUUAUCGGACGUUUCUUUUAAUGUCUACCGAAACGUGCUUGGAACCGAAGAAAAACCAGAGCAAAACAUGAGGAGAACCGGCCGAAAAUAGCAAGUGUCGCGCUGCCCGCGGUAGAUCAAACUGGAAAAAAAAACGGGUCUCGCAGCGAUAAGACAACAUUUUACCACAUAAAUCGGCGCGCCUUUAAUGUGAGCGCGCACGCGGUGCGGCCUUUCGGGGAGGCAGUGGACAAGGAGAAAAAAGAGGAUCGGUUCUGCGGAAAGAUUGCUGGCCAGCGAGACGCGUUGCGUUGCGGUACUCUCGACAGCAGGGAUGACCGUUCACACCUGUCACAUAAAAAAUGAAGUGUUUAGGUGUGUUUUGAUUGACAGAUACAGGUAUGAGCGGAGUGGCGUAGGCCUACACUAAGAAAGUUUUGAGCGUACACUCCCCGCGAAACAUUGUUGUCUCGAUGGUCUCUCCAAACGCACCGUCCUUUUUUUUAAUUUUCCUCUGUCCCCUCCGUCAGCCAACCACUCACGGACACUCUGUUACAGAGUGUCGUUCAAGACAAAUCUAGGUUAACUUUGCAUUUCUCAUAGUAAUCUUUAAAAAAAAGAUCGUGAAUAUAGUAAUUUGAAACACUCCCACGGCGCGAAGUUUCAUACAUGCGAUUAGCAGUUUUUGCAAUGUAUCUCCAGAAAUAGAACAUAGAGAUCAGAGUUGAGCGGAAUUCCGUCUUCCGUCUUCCGUGGAUUGUUUUGUUCCGUCUUCCGGGAAAAAAGUUUUCCUCCGUCUUCCGUCUUCCGGAAUUUUUUCUUCUUACCGUAAAAGAGUAAUAGCUUUUCAGAAGCCAUUUACUAGACCCGAAGAACGCGAAUUUCCACGGGCAGUGACCCAGAUCCAAAAUUUUUGUUGCUUUAGUUAUUUUUUUCAAAAAAAAAACCGAAAAAAAAGGUUCUGCAUUGACGAUUUUUUGUUCCGUCUUCCGUCUGCCGUCUUCAGGGAAAAAAAUUUUCUUCCGUCUUCCGUUUUCCGUGUUCCGUAAAAAAAACUUUCUUCCGUCUGCCGUCUGCCGUCUUCCGGAUUUCAAAAUUCCAUUUCCGCUCAACUCUGAUAGAGAUCUCUGCUUUUCUUCAAAAUGAAUCAGAUUAGAGGUAAAUGUAAGGUUCUUGUGGCAAGUUACAGCUUCACAAAAACCAGUCGCCCGUAGACUUUGUGGUCUAUGGGCGAACAACUUUGUAAUAAUAAAAUUUUAGUCAUUCCAUUUUUAGACCGAAAAGAGCGAUGCGAAGAGGGGGACUACUCGAUGCGUGGGUGUCGGUACCUGAAACAAACGUGCCGAAGACUGUCCAACUACCGGGCGCCGACUCCCGAAGAGCCCGAAAUGAGCACCGAAUGGGUCGACAUGGACUACGAGGGACCGGAGGACCCCGUCAAACUACUAGAGGAAAUUCGAGUAUUGUCCGCGAAGUUGGACGCACUUUCCAAUUGUUAGUUUGAUUGUUUCAGUCUAGACAGCACGCUUUAUCGAUAAUUUUUUAUAUCGAAACGCUAUCUGAAAUCUAUUUUGAAUUUUCAGACGCGCCAGUCAUCCGAUUCCAGUACCAUUCACCCGAUUGUCCGAGUAAGUUUAGUUUUUUAUUGAAAUUGCUACUUUUUAACAAUAUUCUUUAUAAAAACUUUGUUAUUCAGCUCGUCAACGGCCCCGCCCACGCACAAAUCCCAGCCUGGACACUGUCAGAAUCCGUGCCCAGCUCGAAGCGCUCUCCUCGAAUUGCCGCAUCCGCCGUCGUCGUUCCUUCACCGGCUACUCGUUCGAACACCGUAAUCCCGCAGAAGACGACGUCAUCAGAAUCCGCGCCGAGAACCGAGAUUCCCGCGAGACGUGGCAAGAGCAGUUGCCACGUGGCGGCGGAAAUCGCAAAAAAGCGACGAGAACGGUGGCAAUGACACAGGAUUUUAGGCCGAAUUGCAAAGGAGCAAAGGGAAAAACGCCGAGGAAACCACCGAGAAAUCCGGCGAAAAAGCGCGGAAAGCCGAUUCCGGUGCGGGCCGACGACUCGGACAUUCAAUCGGCACUCGCUUCGCUGACCAUCUCGACGCCGCCGCACUCGCAGAACCCGUCGGUCGAGGUCCUCCGAGAAGAAAGUGCGAGGAAAAGGGCGCCGCUGGUGGUGACCAAGUCCAACUUCAUCAACAAACUGCAAGAGACCAAUGCUGACGACGACUUCAUUUCCGACGUCUCCGCCUUUCAUCAGAAAAUGCGUGCGCGGAAGGCGCGGGAGCACGAGAAAACGGGCGUCGUCUUUACGGGAUUCGGAAGGAAGUGCGUGGCCUAGGAUCCGACACGGGGGAAAGUUAGGCCAUGGAGAAGGAUGGAACUGUUGGAAUUUCUGAACUUUUGAGCUAGAUUUCUCGCGACACGGUUGCAAAGUGUGAGACUAAAAAUGUUGAAAGUUUUGGAAGAAUAAUCUUCGGAUUCUUGGUUGCGAAGUGUCCUUGGAAAGUUUUUGCAACCAAAAUUUAGUUUAUUCUCACAAGCACCGGUUCUAGUUGCAAAACGUCUUUGCUUCAGUUUAUGGCCUAAUUUUUCUCCGUUGUUGGGUUCUAGGUCAUCUAUUUGAUCAUUACAGUUCGACGAUCGAAAAAAAGCUGAAGAGCAUUUUGCGGAGGUUCAAAUUGGCAGUGGCGACGGAAAUUGACGAAUCCUCGACGCUUUGUGUCAUUUCCCGUCACGGAGCACGCACUCUCGUCGUCCUUAAGGCCAUCUGCUCCGAUGUGCCAGUGGUCAGACCGCAAUGGGUACACAUUCCACGUUUUUAAAAUAAGAAUAAGAAUUUUGGCUGCCCGCAGAAGAAUCCUAAAAGCCGAAACGUUUUGGUUGACCAAAAACACAUUAUUUUGUUUAUUUCCUCCUUUUUUCUCUAAUCUCUUUUCUUCAUCCUUUUUUUUUCGGCUCUGAGGCAAAACAAAUAGAGCUCUCGAGAUUGCUUUCCUCAAAAAUGGAAAAAGAAAACACGUUUUGCAGCUGGAGGAAUCGUUCGAGGAUUCGCAACUUUUGCCGCCCGACGACUACGUUUUCCACGAGUGGCGCCGCAUUUUAGGCCAAAGUUCGCGAAUAUUCUCGAAUUUCGCGUCGAAAAUGUGGAUAGAUGCCACGUGUCAGCCGGUGCCCGCCGAUUUGAAGUGGAUGAUCGAGAAGUGCGGCGGAAAAGUGAGAAAAUCGGCGUAAUCUGCGAAAAAUCGAUAUUUUGCAGGUAACACGAAAGCGCGGAAAAGCGGGAUUGGUAAUUGUGCCGGGAAAUUGGGAAAUUCCCGAAGAUUUAGCGCCAGAAACUCAAAUUUGCACUCCACUUUUCAUUAUCGAGUCAAUUUCACAUGCGGAGCUUCAAAAUCCCGAGGAUUACGCAAUUGCCACGUAG